AUGAAUAGUUCAGAACAAUUAGAAAAUUAUUUAUUUAAUGAACAAUUUACAACAACUACUGAACAAACAGUAAUAACUGAAAGAUCUAUAAAAAAAAAAAAACCAUCAAAAACUGAAACAUCAACAAUAACUACUGUUACAAUGAAUGAUGAUAUCAAAUUACUUCUUUAUCAAUAUUUAAUUACCAUUAAUUCAAUAGGACAAACAUCUCAAAUUAUAUUAGAAGCACUUGAACAACUUUAUUGUUCAACCAUAUGGGAAUGA